AUGGCGAUCGAAUCCUCUGAGCCCGAGGUUCUAUGGCGCCCAUCGCAGCGCCAAGGCAAAAUAGCCAUGGACGAAUACCGUCAUCAUGUCAAUGAAAAAUUCGGAAAAAACAUAAGGGAUACAAAAGCUCUCCAUGAGUGGUCUAUCGAGGAGCCGAACAAUUUCUGGAUUGAUAUAUAUUCCUAUUUGGACCUUACGCCUCCCCUUCCUUCAACCACCAAGAUCGCCUACGAUGAAAACCUGCCUUUAAGCUCCAUCCCCGAGUUUUUUGCAGGACAUGAGAUCAACUACGCGGAGAAUGCAAUUUAUUCAAAUGCCAACCCGGGUGCUCUCGCCUUGAUUGGAAUUCGGGAAGGCCAGGAUAUUUACGGAAGCGAGGCAGACCUUGUGACUUGGAGAGACUUCCGUGAAAGGAUUAGAAAGACUGUUAGUGCACUGAAGAAUAGUGGUAUCAAUCGAGGAGAUCGAGUUGCGGCUAUCGUGGCGACAUCGCCAUGGGCUAUUGUUUUGUUUCAUGCUGCUGCAUCGAUGGGGGCUAUUUUCACAUCUAUAAGUCCCGAACUUGGGGCUGAAGGAUGUAUUACGAGAUUGAAACAGAUCACACCAAGUAUUCUCUUCUUCGAUAGCCACUCUAUCUAUCGAGGCAAAGCAGUCUCUACCGUGCCGAAGAUUCAGAGGGUUGUUGCUGAACUUCAACCUCAGCUUCAAGUAUACAUUGUACCAAUAACGGUGGACUAUGAAGGAGAGUUCGCAAGCCUGAGUUCAUUUUUCGAAAAAUCAAGCCCCUCGGACAAAUUAACUUUUGAAAGAGUCCCUUUCAACUAUCCUUUGAUGAUAUGCUAUUCCUCUGGCACAACUGGAGCCCCGAAAUGCAUAGUCCACCAGCACGGAAUUGUUCUGCAGUCCAAGAAAAUCUCGGUCCUCCACAACUGCUUGACUUCAAACGAUACGGUCAUACAGUAUACUAGCACGUCGUGGGUUGCCUUCUACGGCAUGUGUGGCCACUUGACAGCCGGUUCAACACUUGUUGUUUAUAAUGGAAGCCCCUUGUUCCCGGAUGCGACACAAAUGCUUCGCAUAUGCGAUAGAUUUAAGCUCACAUUCAUGGGGGUUUCUCCUCGCUUGCUCUUGGAGAUAGAAGCUUCUGGCGCGGUCCCCAAACGCGAUUUCGACCUCUCGAAUCUCAAGACUGCCCAUACCACCGGUGCACCUCUAUCUUAUGAGCAGUACAAGUGGUUCUAUAGCUCAUUCCCUCCAGAUGUCCAGAUAUGCAAUAUUGCAGGUGGCACUGAGACGGGUACACAUGUCAUCGCGAUGGAUCCAUCGGGCCCCCUUCAUGCGGGCGAAAUGCAAGUUCUCGGUCUUGGAACAGAUGUGGAUAUCGUCGACCCAGAGAGUGGCCAUUCCAUCGCAGAUACAGGCGAGGCUGGAGAAAUGAUAAUGAGAAAGCCGUUUCCCAGUAUGCCAUGCUUUUUCUGGGGUGAUGCCGGUGGCAAAUUAUACAAAGCGGCAUACUUUGAGCGCUUUUCGAGUAUCGACGUUUGGGCACAGCAUGACUGGCUGAGGAGGAAUCCAACAACUGGAGGUUAUGUCAUGCAUGGACGAAGUGAUGCUGUUCUAAAUCCUUCCGGAAUACGAUUCGGUAGCGGUGAAAUAUACGCCAUUGUUGAAGCACCGCCAUUCACGGACUAUUUCAGCAACUGCCUUUGUGUUGGUCGUCGUAGAUCAAAUGACACGGACGAACAGGUAUUCCUAUUUUUACUCAUGAAGCCUGGGCGCUUUUUAACUCGAACCUUCCGCGAUGAAAUUAAAACCGCAAUUCGAAAUGGGUUGUCACCAAGGCAUGUACCCAAAUUUGUGAUGUCAGUGCCUGAUAUACCCAUGACUAUCAACGGGAAACGAGUGGAAAUAGCCGUGAAGCAAAUCAUCAGUGGCCAAGACGUAAAGGUCAGUGCUACGGUGCAAAAUCCUGAGGCAUUGGAAGGGUUCAAACGGUUCCGAGUCAUAGAAAGUGUGGACGAGGAAAGAGCUCGUAUUUAA